AUGGAGAGUGUCGAGCAUGGCAGAGGUACGACGCUGUGGAUCAGUCCACGCAGACGCCGAGGCGCCUCUUUCGUCCAAAUCCGUGGCCGCAGCAGAACUGAUGAGUCGAUGGAUCACCUGCUCGAGGGUGCGGCGCAGGAGGAGAAGACUCGCCAAUCUCGCAAAGGGGUGUACCUGCCAUUUGCGAACUAUUACCGGCAACUCACAUUCAGGAUCAGUGACUUGAUGCCAGAGGUUCGCGUUUAUUCUGAAGGGGACUGCACUGUGUCGGUUGACUUUGUGGUGGCAGCUGUGGUCUUGGUUUUGCUUCUUGCUUUAUUGGGCCCAGUCUUGAUUCCAAUUGCAAUUCUUUUUUGUGCUGUGUGGGAUAAUGAUCGGAAAUGGUUUGACUGGUUGUUGCAACCGCUGAUGGUUGCGUUGGCCUGCCUUCCACUGUACUUACUGUGGGCCAUGACUGACACGGCAUUUGAAAAGGACACGUUGCAAGAGUUCAGGAGAGCGGAAAAUUCCAUGCUCGAGCUUUGCGGCCCAUACCUUUGUCUUCUGAUUUUCUCCUUCGUGUGCCUAGCAGACGUGUGCCAGUGUUGCAUUGAGAAGGGAACUGGCCAGAUGCUUUUGGACGAAAUGCAUGAGAUCAAAGAACAGGAAGGCUUUGUCCGAGAGAUACCGGAGUCAGAGCCGGAGCCCUUGGGCGGUGGUGACAACUUGGGAGAGCAGCUCUGUGAGAUCGUACAAUACAUUCACAGCACGGUGGGACGGCAUGAAGAAUCUUGGGGCUGCGAGUGUCUGCAGGAAGCUCCAAGCAGUCUGACGAGCAAGUUCAUGGGUGUGAUUCUCAAGAUUUUGCAGCGCAUGUUCGAGGAUGGGUAUCAAGACGAGAAGGAUGAAAGUCAGGAGCUAAGAACAAUGUUGGAGGAGAAUUUCAUCACUCCUGACCAGGUCUCGCCUUUGCAGCUGGUGUGGUUAGUAUUUUGCAGCCUUGGCCCCACGCUCCUUCCAACCGUCUACCGCUUCGUCAAUGGCUAUGAAGACUUUUUGUUUUCCAGCCACCCCGCUGUGAGGCGAUGCCAGUAUGCAUACUUGCUCAUAACUUUCUCGACUUCAGCACACCUGCUCAGUUCCUGUUAUGAUCUGAAUGAGCGCCUGGAGAACAUGCAACUCGCCACGCUGGCAACCUUGUAUCUCGUUGCGCCCACCAAGCGCCGUGCUGUACUUGCUGCCACCUACAAGCGUCGCUUCAAGAAACUGGUACUCAUGCCGACACCUCAAAAUUCAGUAACUACUCCUCUUGCCGAAGCAGAAGUCCAGAGGGUCACAACUGAGGCUGGCAGAACUCUCUCAGAGGGCUUUGGCCAGUUGAGAUAUGUCAUGGACCAGAGGGAGCAGAAUGCUUGGAAGCUUUUCCAGAUUGAGUACGAGACAGCUUGUGGAGUUGAGAAAAGCAGUCCCAGUCCAACUUUACAUGGCACCACUUCAUCCCAUGCCGAUUCUGCCUUCACGGAUGAUGAUGAUAAUGACAAUCAUGAUGCCAACAAAGGCACCUUCUCAUACCUUGCAACACGCAAAUUUGCUUUGCUUCAACUCUUAGCCAGGUCAGAUUGCUUGGUACUGGAGGUGAAAUCGCAAGUGGUAGCCUUGGUUCUCACAAUGAUAGUGGUGAUGUGUGCUCUCAUUGUUGGGUUUUCCAUUGGGUUGAUGCACGGUCAUCAUGCAAUCACUCCAUUGUUUUGCGUGAUUUUCUUGCCACUCAUUGUGAUCGGGAUGCUUCUCAUCUUGAACAAGCUGGUGAUGCUGGAGGUCUACCUGUACGAGGAUACCUUGAAGAUUUUACAGUCUUGGCGUGAGCGCAUGGAACGACUAAGGUAUGCAGUCACUCUUCACAAAGCCAGCACCGCGAAUCGGGCGGAACAGGAGAGCUUUUUCCACAGUCUCAUCGACCCUGUGGCUGGCCUGAUUGACUACACCAAGAACUGGCAAAAACGCGUCAAGAUCUUUGGCCUAAAUGCAUCUAGCUCGCGCCGGAAUCGCAUUCUGCUGUCCAUCAUCGCGUACUUUGGCCUUGUGUUUUGGCACUUCUUGUCACACAAAACAUGGUACAUAGAGCUGCAACAAGAGUUUUCAACGAUUGCCAUGUCUCAUGGCGUAGUAGUACUUCCGGAGUAG